AUGCUCCUUGGCCGGCUAGCCGCUCUCCUGAGCCUGCUCAGUGGGGUCCCCCUGCCUAUGGGCUCCGGGGGGCCUGGACUCCAGCCCUGGGCUGCAGCCAAUCAGACCUGGGCUCUGGAUCGGGGUGCUCUGGCCCCCCAGGUGCCGGCCCCUGCCCUUGGCAGCUGGAAGGCCUUCUUGGGUCUGCAGAAAGCCAGGCGGCAGGACACAGACACCCUGCAGCGCAGGCAGGAAGUGGCCACUGCCCUGUCUCUGCCGCUGGACCCGCAGGAAGCGACCCAGGAGAUGUGUAAGGCUGUGCCCUUCGUUCAGGUUCUCUCCCGACCUGGCUGCACGGCCGCCCGCCUCCGCAAUCACCUCUGCUUUGGCCGCUGUUCCUCCCUCUACGUCCCCAGCUCGGACGCCACCCCGAUAGUCCUCUGCAACAGCUGUGGGCCCUCCCGCAAGCGCUGGGCACCUGUGGUCCUGUGGUGUCGCACCAGCAGCCCAGCCACCCGUCGGCGGGUGAAGAGAUCCACCAUGCUGGUCGAGGGCUGUCAGUGCAGCCCGAAGGCGUGA